CCCCUGUCCCCGGCCGGACCCCAUGCCCCACGCUCCGCCUGACCUGCCUGUGCUCUGCCGCAGCCCCGGUGGCGCCCCCGGGGCCUGGGUCUACGUGGGCGGAGGCGCCGCCUUGCAGGGCCCGGACUGGCCCCAGCCUUUCACGGUGACCCUGGCGGACGGGACCUUCUGCCCCUUUGCUGAGGAGCCGAGGCCGCUGGAGCUGGCGCUGGAGGGAAUCUCGGCUGAGAGCUUCGUGAACAUCACCCGCAGCCUCUUCCUCCGGGACAUCGUGAGGCCGGGCCCACCGCAAGACGUGUCUGCACAGAGCAAGGGCGGGCGCCUGCACCUGUCCUGGGCCCCCCCAGCCUCCUGGUCCAGCCCACACUCCUACUUCCUGCUGCGCUACCAGCUGGAGUACCAGCACUGGGACGGCACCACGGGUUCCCUCCAGCUGGAGGGGGUGACGGAGACGAGCGUCGAGGGGGAUGUGCGGUGGGUGAAGAUCCGCUGCCAGGACCCCUUGGUGAACUCCACCUGGAGCCCCUGGACCACCUGGCAGAAGGUGUGACGGGGCCUGUCAGAAAUGGGUCUACAGCCCCCUUACCCCCCAGUCUCCGCACAUUGGCACCCUCAACCCAUCCACCCAUCUGCUGUAUUUAACCCAGCCCCUGCUGCCCCCAUCUAACCCUAACACUGGCCAGACACCCCCCCGCCAAGGGGUCUAGGAUUUGGGGCUGCCGACCCCAGAGCCCUGUCCCAUCUUGAUCCCCUGGACAUCACCCCUUCCCACCAGCUGCCACGGCUGGGAUCUGCUCUCCUGAGCACCUACAAUAAACAACAGCUGGUGCCCUGGA